GGGAACAUCCUUAUUUAAGAUAAGAAACAGACAGUAAGUGAGGGCGCAGUUUUUGCGGACCCAAUAUUCUUUCCUUUCCAUUGUCGACAUCUCAGACUCAAAAUUUACAAAGAGAACAUGCCAGUCUUCACCGAAUACUCUCAGAGUUCGCGAGAUCUCCGUGUCCUUCCCUCGUUUGCUACCCCAUUGCCGCGUCUCAGCCCAAAAUUUGAGCCAGCGGGUCCUGAAGAGAAAUAUGAAGUGGUCAUAGCCGGGGCUGGCCCAGCAGGACUCUUCCUCGAAGUCCUGCUCGCUCGAUACGGCCUGACCGAUUCCUCGCUUCUCUGCAUCGACUCCAAACCCACCGCGCUGAAAUCCGGCCAAGCAGAUGGCUUGCAACCGCGCACACUUGAGGUGCUCGGGAGCUUGGGGCUUGUAGAGGAGAUUUUGACCCAGGGGUGUCAAAUGUGGGAGGUCGCGUUCUGGAAUCCAAAGCAAGCUUCCGUUUCGAACGGAUACACAAACGGUGAAAUCCGAGGGAUCGAAAGGACUUCCAUUGUCCCAGACGUGGCCGUCGCUGCGCGGUUCCCCCAUGAAGUCACAAUCCAUCAAGGCCGGAUCGAGCGAAUUCUGGAGGACGACCUGAAAAGGUACUCUGCACGCGGUGUGCAACGGUCAAGCCGUCUUACUAAAGUCUUAAUUGACGAAGCUGGCGACCCUGAUUUCCCUGUCCUAGCCGAAAUCGAAAGUCCCUCGGGCGUACGAACGGUUCGGAUGAAACAUCUGGUUGGAGCGGACGGAGCACAUUCCCUGGUACGAAGGUCUAUGGGCUUGAAGUUGCAGGGCGAGACGUCAGAUUUUAUCUGGGGGGUCGUUGAUCUCAUUGUUGACACGGAUUUUCCAGAUAUUAGACGACGAUGUGCCAUUCAUUCGGAUAAUGGGAGUGUGAUGGUGAUUCCUAGGGAAAGGAUAGCCACUGGCGAAUACCUGACGAGGCUAUAUGUGCACGUGCAAGAAGAGGUGAAGCCGGAUAGCGAUAUCGUGGCGGAAGAAGGCAUCGAGGGAGUGAGAAAGAGUGAAGCGAGGGCCAGACGGGAGAAGAUUACAAUGGAGAGUAUACUUGAACAGGCUCAGGAGGUCCUCAAACCCUAUUAUAUCAAACCAAUAAGUGCAGAUGCUGUGGAUUGGUGGGCUGCAUACCAGAUCGGACAGCGAGUAUCAGAACGUUUUGUUCAGCAGGAUUCGAAAGGAGUCAAUAGAGUGUUCAUCGUCGGAGACGCAUGUCACACACACAGCCCCAAAGCUGGCCAAGGAAUGAACGUAUCGAUGAUGGACUCGUACAACCUAUCCUGGAAACUAAUUCACUCCCUCCACGGCCUUACGCCCGCUAGCAAACCCGGAGACAAAAUCUUGGACACCUUCGAAACAGAACGCCAGACAAUAGCGCAAGAACUCAUUGCAUUCGAUAAAGAGUUCUCGUCCAUGUUCUCUGGGAAAAUCGGCGCAGGGGAUGGCCAAGAAUGUCUCACCCACGAGCAAUUCCUGGAAGUCUUCAGCACCGGAAACGGUUUUACGAGCGGAUGUGGUAUCGAAUACCCGGAAAAUCUUCUAGUAGAGAAGGCGAGUUCUGAAGGUAUUGUUCAUGGCAGAGAUUAUUUGAGCGGCAUCUUAAGACCUGGCCGGAGAUUGUUAAAUGUGAAAGUCAAGCGACAUACUGAUGGCGCUCGAAGAGAUCUCCAAGAUGAUUUCCCAUCCACAGGCCGUUUCCGUAUCCUGUGCUUCACAUCGGCCGACCUCCUCACUCCUACGGGCAUAUCUUCGACAGCUUUGACCCACAUCUCAACUAUCCUCACACAAUUCCCAGCAGGUAUCAUUGAAUCGGUCGUUCUUCAUCCUUUGGAAUCAAAUACUUUUGUCUGGUCAGAUAUUCCCAAAGCUGUCAAAACCCACUCGGAAAUGAGAUUUUACAACGGAACGGAAUUGGAAAAUGCAUAUAAGAUCUAUGGUGUUGAUCCGAGGAAAGGAGCGAUUGCUGUUGUGAGACCAGAUGGAUAUAUUGGCACAAUAGCGGAGCUGAAAGACAUCGAGCGGGUUUGGGAAUUUUUGAAGGGUUGCUUACGGACGCUGUAAGGUCGUUGGAUAUGGUUUCUAGGUCAGGGAGCGCAUGCUUGGGAUAUUUUGCGUGUUCAACAGGGAUCCAUCUUUCCGUUUAUAUCCAGAUCUAUCUAUGAAUUACGUAGGGUAUGUUGGUCGAAUUGAUUCAAUCCCCA